AUGGCUUCUCCUGCACCGCCUCUUGGACCAGCGCUUGGACAAAGAGGUGUUAACGUUGGAAAUUUUUGCAAAGAAUUUAAUACCGUGACUGAAAGCAUUAAAAACGCCACAAUUUUGCCUGUUACUGUCCAUGUAAAACCUGACAGAACAUAUGAAAUUGAGAUAGAGACUCCCACAACAAAAUGGUUGUUAAUGCAGGCGGCUGGAAUUCGAAGAGAAAAACAGGAAGACGGUUGGAGAUUUUUUAAUAAUUAA